AUGGGGGACUACUACCAUCACUUUCUCACCUCCAUGUCGGGGGUGACAGCCAGCCAAAGCAUGAGCCCACAAGACACACAUCCUCCUCAGUUCCCCGGCAGUCAUAUGCCCAUGAUGGGCGGCGCGAUGCCAGGGCCCUAUACCAAUAUCGGAUACUUCACUGGCUUUCCUGAUCCCGUUGGACUCAGCGCUCCUAAAUCCUCUCGAAACCGAAGGAAAUCAGCCCCUGGUUUGGAUCAUGUUAAGCAUCGGCGGACACGGUCAGGCUGCUACAUGUGUAGGAGCAGAAGAGUCAAGUGCGACGAAACCCGCCCGAUUUGCGACAGAUGUAGAAAGGGCAGCCGUGAAUGCAUAUAUCCAGAACCCCCAGCAACUAAGGUCUCCACAGGCCAAACGACGACCACGCCGAAAGACACAACGACCACGCAGCAGGCCAGUCCGGAUUCGUCUAAUGAUCCAGAAGAUGCAGAGGAGGAGACGGAACCUACCGGCCUUGACACGAUUCUCGACGAGGAUGAAGGCGAUGAUGAGUCUUACCAGAAACACUUUACUGGUCCGAGUCGAAGUAGCACAGCGUCUUCUUUCAACCCCCAGCGUGCAGGGUGGACUCCUGGAAGCUCCGAAACACCGCCACAUGAAGGAACCAAGAGUGCUUCACCAUCGGCGUCGGUUGGGACGUCAAGCAGCCAAGCGACGACGACAUAUGCGGUUCCAGACCUAGGGUUGCUCUCUCUCAGCAGUCAUACUGACUGGUCGCAUCUUCCCACUGACCUGCGACAACAUCUCGAAUACUUUUGCGAAAAUGUUACACACUACCACUAUUGCAUGCUCACCGACGCCCACGAAAUAUUCCGCGUUGUGCUUCCCAACUACGCCUUGCAAAAUGAAGCUCUUUUAUAUGCGGUUGUUGGCUUUGCCGCUUAUCAGCGCACACUCCAAGAUCCUGAUGGAAAAAUAGAGGACUUCCUGAAGUAUUACAACAAGAGCGUGAUUUUGUUGUUAAAUUCAUUGAAGAGGAAGGAGAAGCAUGGGAUUGCCACACUUUUGACCGUUCUCCAACUAGCUACUAUCGAGGAAUACUUGGGCGACUGGAUUAAUCUAAUGGGCCACCAAAAAGCCGCAUUCGAGAUGUUGACGCACCUGUUUACACAUGAAACCGCCUCGCAAAGUCCACUGGGUCGGAUGAUUGUAUCUUGGUACGGACGAUUCGAUAUCUUCAUUGCCCUUAUGGGAGGUUUUCCAACGAUGUUGCCGAGGCAGUGGUUUACGACAUUUGUCGAACACUGUGAUAAGCAGGCUGCCGUGGAUGAGGACAGCCUUCACUGGAAAAUGGAGGCAGAAUCCGGCCGUUUGAGGGUCAUUUCAAGGGAGAUGUCAACGCUGUUUGCACGAGGAAGCAGAGGGCAGAUUUCCCAGGAGGAUUUUGCAAUCGAGCACGAACGGAUACAAAAAGAGCUUCACGACUGGAAAGAUGGAUGGGACCGCGCGCUUACCGACCCUGUGCAUCUUGUUACUGACUUCAGUCAUGCCCGACCCCUGAACGAGGAUGACAUUGUCGAUCCCUUCGUCCCAGGGGUUCUGUAUGAUUUUCCGGUGUUCUCCACGACGAUGCUUACCAGCGAGUGGAACUCGACUACAAUGAUGCAUAAAUGCCAGUCACCUACGAGUAAAAGGGCCGAACUCUACGCAGAGCUAAAAACCCAUGCAUAUGCCAUUUGUCAGAUCUUUGAGGCUGUUGAAAAUUGGCCUUCGAGACCGAAAGGUAGCCUCAUUCUAAUUCAGGCAUGUAUUGCGCUUUCCGCAUUGUUCUUGCCACAAGAUCCCAAACAUCAUAUGUGGAUCAGACGCAAGUUUGCCUUGCUGGAGACCAUGGGAUACAUCCAUCCCAUUACACUUCGAUCCAAGAUGGCUGAGCUCUUUCAUGAGCCUUCUUGCGUGCGGUGGUGGUUACCUGCCGACAAAGGUUUCAGUCGCGUAUUACAGAGCGUCCGUACGUUUGCAGAUGAGCGCAACGCAAAUGCGAUAUCCUCACAAAUGGAAAAUCUUCGGGAAGUACGUCACAUAUUUGCAAAGAUGCAAAUGUUCGACGAAGCGUCAGCUCAAGGUAGCCAUACUACAACCGCCUGA